AUGGCACGUGUGUACGCCGCUUUAGGCACAAACUUAGGUGACAAGGUCUUGAAUCUGGAACAUGCGCUGGCCAUGUUAUCCCGAGAAGUCGGACCGUUACAAGCCACGUCGCGCCUCUAUAGUACGGCGCCGCAGUACGUGGAAAAUCAGCCGGGUUUUCUCAACCUCGUGGCCACCUUUCAGACGGAUCUGAGUCCUCCACAGCUGCUGAAGACCUUCAAAAGUAUUGAGAGAGAAGUGGGACGCACGCCUUCGCUCAGAUGGGGGCCAAGACUUAUCGACGUGGACAUUUUAUUUUACGAGGAUCUGGAGCUAAAAGCGCAGACGGAAGAAGGACCUCUUAUCAUCCCGCACGAACGCAUUGCUGAGAGAGACUUUGUGCUUGCUCCGAUGUGUGAUCUGGCACCAGAUUGGCUUCAUCCGGUGCUCCAAGUAUCGAUGCAAGACCUGUAUGACAAGUUGAGAGCAAGCGAGCAACGGCAUGUUGCUCCCACGUCGAUGCUUCCAGUCAUCAAACGUGCACCUUGGUCAUUAGGGAGCAAAACAUUUGUCAUGGGAAUCGUGAAUGUUACACCUGACAGCUUCAGUGAUGGCGCUGAAAUGGAAACAGUUGCUACUGCCGUGCAGAAAGCAUUGGAAAUGGAACGUGCUGGUGUAGACAUCAUUGACAUUGGCGGUGAAUCGAGUCGUCCUGGAGCAGACGUGGUGACCGAAGAAGAAGAACUUAAGCGCGUGUUGCCAGUGAUUCGCGGCAUUCGAGAGAAGAGUGAUAUUGCUAUCUCAAUCGAUACGACCAAGGCGGAAAUCGCACGUCAAGCGAUUCACGGAGGCGCAAACGUGGUCAACGACAUAUCUGCAGGGUUGAAGGACGAUGCGAUGCUCGCUGUUGUCGCAAAGUUGCGCGUCCCCAUUGUGCUCAUGCACAUGCGAGGCACACCGCAGACUAUGACGUGUCUCAAGGAGUAUGACGAUGUGGUUGCUGAAGUUGCUGAAGUGCUUUGUGCACGCUUAGCGGCAGCGGAGGCUGCUGGCAUCUUUCGAUGGAACGUUAUCUUGGACCCCGGUAUUGGUUUUGCUAAAGGUCGAGUUCUGAACCUGAGGUUGCUACGGAAGCUAGCAAAGAUCAAACAAAUGUGCCGGGGAUCACCGUUUCUGGUGGGUUCGUCUCGCAAAGGGUUUAUCGGCGAGAUAUGUGGGCGUCCAGAACCGAAAGACCGCGUCUAUGGUACCGCUGCGACGUGUUGCGCUGCCAUCGAACAAGGAGCAGACAUUCUACGCGUACAUGACGGCGCCGAGAUGGUGGACGUAGCUAAGAUGUCUGACGCAAUUUGGCGUGACAAGUAA